GCCAUGAUGCGUCCGCUCGCUUGGUGCUUCGUGGGCUGGGGCAUGGCCACACCUGCGAGAUGGCUGGAAGGCCUCAAUGUGUUGGAGGGCAAAACCUAUCCGCACCAUCCAGUGAUGCUGCAAGUUCCACAGCAGAGUUUCAAAAUCGAGCCUGGCUUUGUGAUGGACCUUUGUGGCUUAAAGGUUCCACACUAUUUUGACUGCACAAACCUUUGCAAUCGCAGCAACUUCCAGUGGCUUGGAGAUGAGUUCAACUACUACCGUGACGUUCCAUCGCGGCGGCUGGCGUGCCUGGAACAUCAAGCCCACAGUUUAGCAAAGCUGUCGCAUAUCCAGGUGAGGCUGCCGCUCAUAGACGAUGACUAUGGUGAACAUGUGAGCGUGUACCAGUCCAUGCUGAGACAUCGCCAUGGCACGUUUCGCGUUAUGGAGCUGGGUGCUCGCUGGGGUACCUGGGCGGCCCGAGCUAUCACCUUCCUGCGCGCGGUAAAACCAGAGGUAUUGCAUGAGGCUUAUUUUGUUGAGCCUGCUCGGCGGUCUUGCGGUGCAGUGGUGCAAGUGAUGAAGUUGAAUGGAAUUCGUUAUCAACUUCGGUGCACUUUGGCAACACCCGAGGUCUUCCUGGAGAUGAUGCAAGGUAUUGAUUUCAUGGACCUCCUUCACGUAGAUAUCCAAGGGGCCGAAGACAAACUGUUCACUGACCCGCGGGUUGCGCAAGUGCUGCGGAAACACGUGGCACGAAUCAUCCUGGGAACCCAUAGUGAGCUCAUUCAUAGCAAACUCGUGCUUUGGCGUGGCUGAACUAUACAAAGACUGGAUUCCUAUUUUCUCUUUGCCAACUGGCCCUGGCCAUGUGGCAUGCCUUAUGGAGCACUUCCGCCAAAAUGGUACCGACUUCGGCCCAAGUGUGGAGGAUUGGAACCGCGUGCGCGAGCGGAAAUGCUUCCAUCCGACUCCGCAGGGUGGAGUGGUGAACAUGGAUGGCCUGUUAGUUUUGGACAACGUGCGCUGGGUGGAUGAAGCCAAGGCCUUUUCCUUGAAUGAUACAGAUCUGCGAAUCGAUGAUUUGAAAGCUUGACCCCGGCGUGUCAUGUUGAAUGUGUUUAACGGACACGAGCAUGUUCUCGUGAGCUGCAACGAAAAUCGACCGACCCUCAUGAAGGUGAGCGGGGGACGCCACUUUCGGGGCUGAUUCAACCAUCACCUUUGAUAUCAAUUUACUUUGCAGAGUUGCACUUGAUUGUGGGUGUGUGGGUUGAGCCACACUCAUGUAGUGUGAAGCAAUACACACUGUAUGUGUUUCUUCGGUGUUUUUUUUCAAACAACCUUGUUUUGAAAAGGACCUUUGGGCGACAAAGAUGCGUGUGAAAA